ACCGAGCUCAGGUGUUCCGGAGCCUGGGCGGACAGGUAUGGCUCGUGUUAUCGCCUCCAUGGAGGCGGUGAGGCGGGGCAUGAAGGUGGAGGUCCUGCGGGAGGCCGGGCGGCAGUACCCGGUGUCCUGCUGCCUGCUGCUGGGUCUGACGUCACUGACGGUGCUGCUGCACAGGUACAUCCACAUCCUGAUGGUCGUCUGGUCGCUCCUGGCUGGCGUCAUCACGUUCUACUGCUCGCUCAGACCAGAGUCGCUCCUCCCCAACAUCUUCUUCACUGUGAGGCACAGAAACAAACGUCAGGAGGCGGAGCUCUUUCCUCUGGGCCACAGCUGUGCCGUCUGCGGGAAGGUCAAGUGCAAACGCCACAG